UUAUUAAAUAGGUAGCCAAUGUCUGUCGAGUUCGAGGCCAGUUUCUCCGAUAGACUGGGUGACAUCCUGACUGGAAGACUGAACACUGGUACUCCACAAUGGGUGUUGGAGAAGACUCAAGGCAUGCACUUCUCAGACGGCCAGAAUGUCCUCUUUCUCACUGGACUUCUGCCUGUGUCUUCCAAGGAGGAGAAAAAGAUAUUGAGGGGCGCAUCUAGUGUCAAGCAGGACUACCAGUGGACGCCGGAGCCACCCUAUAGGGCUAUUGGGAGACCCAGUUCCAGAGGAAGUGGAUGCAACGUGUUCAAUCGGGACGACUAUUUUGGAUACAAACCUCCCCCUACCCCGAGUAGACCGAAAAGUACUCCUAGUCCGAAAGUAGGCAGGAGGCCCGCCGAUUAUGAGCAGCUGUUGCGCAGUGAAAACGAACGAUGGAACAAUUGUCAAAGCCAGCGUAAGUUUGCGGAAACUGUGAAGAGACCGCAGCUGCACCCCCUGCAUGCUCCCUUCAACGGAGAAUCACUCCAUUCCUUCUUAGUUGGAUCCAAAUACAACAGGAAGAACUUCACCAGUCCCCAUCAUCUGCAGAUCUUCGAUUACUACUCACCGCCAACGCCACCGGAGUACAUAGACAAUAAGUACCGCCGAUUCAGGAGAAAAAGCGCCAAGUGCCGUGUCAUAUCAAGCGAGACUGAGCUGACAUCGCGUCUGAAGAGCCCCCUCCCCAGGGAAGUGUUCGAUCAGACCCCGACCCCAAGUCGCCCAACUAGCGGGUACUCGACGAAAGGAACCUCCGUUAGCUCGACUCCAAGGACGCCAACAACACAGCUGGGAGAAGGGCAGAUAAAUCCCCGGAAUAUAAAAAGGCUGAACAGUGCACACACUGACAGGCAGAUUUCCCAUUUGCAAGGUUUCCCGAAGGAAGUAUUUGACAAAGCGCUGUCGAAGCACUCCAAUUCCAGACCUCAAUCGGCGACUGUCGCCAGGAGUGGGUCCAGAGCCAGCGACUGUGUCAUCUGCCAGUCUCCGGAUGCAUGGAGGUCAAAUGUUGACAAGCAGAAGAACGAAGGGCUUCCCCCCAUUUCUACUCAAAAGGAAAGUGAAGUUGCAGAUGGCACGGAGAAGAAGACUGAUGAGGAUCCGCCACAAACAAGUGACUUUGGAGCCCAAUCGGACUCUGAAAAUAUUCACAGUAAAGAAGAAAAUAAAGUGGAAGAAAAGCAGGAAGAACUUGAAGUUGAAGCAGAAACUACUUCAAUCCGGGUGUUCGCCACCGAGCCAGUGCUGGAUGACGAAGGAGACGACCAACCAGCGGUCAUGGGUGUCGAAAUCAGAGUCCGGGACAGAUCGCUCUCGGCUGAAAGACGACAGACGUCAUCAACUUGGUCGGAGGAGUUCAGAGGUCAGCCGAAGUUGAUCAUUAAUGAAUAUUCGCUUGAUGGAGAAAAUGAAGAGUUAGCUGGUAGAGGAUUUAACACAGAGAAAGUUUUCGAAACACGCCAUGUAUCGAGCCCAGUUCCAGUUGAUAACGUCGAAAACUGAAAUCAAACAGCGAUUUUAGCUGGUUUUAACUGUUUUAAUAAUUAUUGUUCUAAGUGUCAAUGAAGGUAGUGAAAAUAUAUAGGUUGUGAUG